UCAAUCAUCCGGUCGGCGCCCUUUGAUGUCGGGACUCCUUGCCUUGUGUUGAGCUCAUAUGGGCUGUUUGCUGUUGUAGAGAAACAUUGGUCUUCUACCGAUCAGGCAGCCGGGGGAACGCCACAACGCAACUUUUUCUGAAUGUGCUGCGUCUUUCUCUACUUUGGAGGCGCCCAGACUGAGGAGCGUUAACAGAAAAGUCACUUUUCCCCACUUUUGUUUCUUUUUUUCAUUUUGUUAUUUAUUAUUUUUUUUAUCAUAUAAAUUAAUAAGGUCGCAGGGGGGAGCAGACAUGCCUCAGCUCAGCAGUGGCGGAGGGGAUGACCUGGGCGCAAAUGAUGAGAUGAUUUCGUUCAAAGACGAAGGAGAACAAGAGGAGAAGAUCCAAGAAAACGCCUUCACGGAGAGAGACCUGGCCGACCUGAAGUCCUCUCUGGUGAACGAGUCGGAGAUCAGUCAGAGUCCGAGCGCGGCGGUAGGUGGCACGGCGGCUAGACGGGGGCACCAGGGCGAGCAGAGGGGCUUCCCAGACAAACACCGAGAGCAUCUGGAAGGGGUGUCGAAGCAACAAGAUGGAAGCAUGUACAAGUCGGCCGCGUAUCCGGGGUAUCCGUUCCUGAUGCUGCCGGACCCUUACCUCCCCAACAGCUCGGUCUCUCCAUCUUCUAACAAAGUGUCAGUGGUUCAGCAGUCCCACGGGAUGCACCCGCUGACGUCCCUGCUGCCCUACAGCAACGAUCACUUCAGCCCGAGCCCCCCACACCUGCCCACAGACAUGAGUCAGAAAACAGGCGUUCACAGGCACCAGUCCCAGGACCUCUCAGGCUAUUAUUCCCUCCCUCCAGGUGGCGUUGGCCAGAUCCCCCCCUCCAUGAGCUGGCAGAGCCAGCCCGUCUAUCCGGGCCUGUCCCCCUGUGGAUUCAGGCAGUCCUACUCCUCCAACCUCCCCAGCGCCUCAUCCUACUCCAGGUUCCCACACUCUCUGAUGCUCGGACCAUCAGGCAUGCACCCCACAGGGAUCCCCCACCCAGCCAUAGUGCCCCCUUCAGGCAAACAGGAGCACGAUCAGUAUGACAGGGGCAUGUAUGUGAAGCAGCAGGUGGAGACCAAACGAGAGAAGGAGCCCAAAAAACCCGUCAUUAAGAAACCGCUGAACGCCUUCAUGCUGUACAUGAAGGAAAUGAGGGCGAAGGUGAUCGCGGAGUGCACAUUGAAGGAGAGCGCCGCCAUCAAUCAGAUUUUGGGACGGAGGUGGCACGCACUGACCCGGGAAGAGCAGGCCAAGUACUACGAGCUGGCCAGGAAAGAAAGACAACUGCACAUGCAGCUCUACCCGACCUGGUCCGCUAGAGACAACUACGAGGCGGGCCUUAGCGGGGUCGCAGGGGAAAAGAAUAAAGCUGAUUGGGGCAAGAAGAAGAGAAGAAAAAGGGAGAAGCAGCAGGACUCCAACACAGACCCGGGCUCUCCUAAGAAAUGCCGGGCUCGCUUCGGCCUCAACCAACAAACAGACUGGUGCGGUCCUUGCAGGAGGAAAAAGAAGUGCAUUCGCUACCUUCAAGGAGGAGGCUGCCCCAGCCCAUCUUCUUCAGAUAUAAGUGCUAUAGACUCUCCCCCCUCCCCUUCCCCCGCCCGCCAUCGCCUCUACCAGCACCCCCCCUCUCCGGGCUACUCGCCGCCGCCCUCCUCCCCGUCGACACGCCUCCCCUUGCCUUCGCACGCCCGCUCGCACUCGCGCCUCCCCGCGGAGCCCUCCGCUGACAAACGCAUUGACCCCCGCCCACCUGCAGCCAAACUCGCCCACACGCUCCUGGAACUGUCCAAGCAGACGCACUGCUCAAGGGCGCUGUCGGCCGCCAAGGUGGCGGGACUCUCCCUCAAAGUGUUGACAGAGACUCAGUGACCACCGCCCGCCGGGAUCGCUCGCCUCCUCACCUGCUCCUCACAUUUGUCAGUAUUACAUCAUCGUCAUCAUCAUCAUCUCUGCUGGAUCCAGAGGACUUCCUCGUUAGCUGCUCCAUCCUUAACUCUCCUCCUCAUCUUCAUCACUAGAUGCACUUGUGACAAAACAGUAAUUCUUUGAACAGAAGUCCCAUCUUUGGGUGUAUUUUGGUAAAGUGGGGGCGUUGGUAGAGAGAGACACGCUUGAACCAGCUUCUCCACAUCUGCAUGGAGUUUAAACCUUCAGGUCCUGCUUCCACUGAAGCUAAAGUAGAACUGCACCACUCUAGCCUCUAAAGUCCAUUUUUUAGAGUCAGAUCAACCCACACAAAUUUAAGUUUUUAUCAACAAAAAGACAGAAAAGAUUUGUUUCUAUUGAAAGCAAACUAAAGUUUACUUCCAAUUAUAAAAACUGGCUCCCCCCCCCCCCCGGAAGUAUUUCCAUUAUCUGCUCAGAGCAAACCAUUACAUCAUGAGAGCGGAGCACUGACCAUUACAACCUCAGAUUACAAAAGGGAAGGAUUGGUUCUUCUGUUUGCCUUUUUACGGAGACCCUUCUUUUCUGGAUUUUGUUGUAACCAGCUGUGCGACUAACUGUAUUUGUCAUUCAAGCAUUUAAUGCAGUUAAUAAGACAAUUCCAAGUAACUUUUUUCAAGGCACUUCAGGCUCUCAAGCUUCAGGUUCAACUGUAACUUUUACUUCCAUCUUUCUUAAAUUCCCUUUUAUUUUUGUGUGUAUAAUUUUAAUGUUAUUUUUUAAAAUUAAAUUUCCCAUUGACUAAUCAACAGCUCCAAAAACAAAUCUGAGACCAAAUGGGUGAUAUUGUAUUGCAUUCUGUUGUAAAGUCUUACAUUGUAAUUACACUUUUUGUAUGUUUUUAAGAAAAAAAAGGAAAUGACCAAAAAAAAAAUGAGCUCAGUUUAAAACCUUUUUAUUUUAAAGCAGUGUUUUUUGUCAAAUAGUGAAGAACUGUUUUGGGGUCAGAUGUUACAGCAGCAGUCAAACUAUGUAUUGUGUUUAAUCUGCAUGUUUGAACCUUCAAAGGCUUUAAGAGAAUGAUUUUGGAUUCUUCCGCCAGCAGAUGGCGCUCUUGUGCUAAAACUGCUUCAUUUCAGGACAUUUGAGAAAACCAUGUUUGAGUUUUUUAAUGUUUUUUUUUUAACCCUGUUGUAUUGCUAGUAUUUUUUUGUUGGAUGUAAUAAAAUAUAAAUAUCUCUUUUGACUGAAACCCUAAA